GACGUCAUCUCUACAUUCGCCAUUGCAACAACAACACUACACACAUACACUGGCUGAAGAUCUCUAGGAAAAGAAAAAAAGGAACCCCAAAACUUGGAAGUGACGACAAGAAUCGGCUGGAUUUUGAUCAUUUGUUGUUAGCGGCGGGGAAAGGAAUCGUUGUGUCACAGAACAUGGCCACGACACCGCCGUCCGCUGCCCUGAGAGCGCUGAGUUUAGAACUAAAGAAAAUACACGACGAGCCAGUCGAAGGUUUCACAGUAACACUACCGAAUGAAGCUAAUCUGUUCGAAUGGGAAGUGGCGAUUUUCGGACCACCGGAAACGCUCUACGAAGGGGGUUAUUUUAAGGCAAAAAUGAAGUUUCCACACGACUAUCCCUAUUCACCGCCAACAUUCAAGUUUACCACAAAAAUGUGGCACCCUAACAUUUACGAUCAAACCGGUGACGUAUGCAUAUCCAUCCUUCAUCCCCCUGUGGAUGACCCACAGAGUGGCGAACUACCCUCGGAAAGAUGGAACCCCACACAAAGUGUCAGAACAAUCCUUCUUAGCGUCAUAUCACUCCUUAACGAGCCCAAUACAUUCUCUCCUGCCAACGUUGAUGCCUCCGUCAUGUACAGAAAGUGGAAAGAUUCCAAAGGAUCUGAUCCUGAAUACCCAAAUAUAAUCAGGAGACAAGUCUCCAAGACAAAAGCUGAAGCCCAGAAGGACGGUGUAAAAGUUCCCCUGACGCUGCAGGAUUACUGCAUCCAGCACAAAGCACAGACGCCCUCGCACAGCUCCCAAGACCUGACGGAUUUCUACGAGGAUGACGACUACGCGGACGACGGCGAUUACGAGGAGGAAGAGGAAGAUGGUUGCUAUUUUGACGACGAGGAUGACUCCGGGAACGGGGAGUCAUGAUGUUUUUACUCAGGUCGAUGAGGCCCACUGAACUCUUUGUAUAGACAACUAACAUUUUUGGAAGACAUGUCUCUUUUUUUUGGGGGGGGGGGGGAAUGUUAUUUGGUUGUUUUUUAUUUGGGAUGUUUUUUUAAUUGUUUUAUAAAUUGUUAGGGGACAUUUUGCUUUGUUGUAAUGAUGACUUGUUAAAUAAUGUAUGCAUACUAUGCAGACAUUGUGGCUUUCCUGUGUUAAAUAGACCUUAACAUAGCCAUAUUAUUACUGCCACCUUACCAAAAAUCUAGCAAAAUUCAAAGGGUAUUUACUGUGUUAGGUUGAACUCUGUAAAUAAUCCAUUAUUCCUGCAUGUAGAAAUUGAAUUUUGACGCCAUAUCUUGUUAGUUGAGGUCAUAUCCUGUUGGUUGAUGUCAUGUUUGUUUGAGGUCAUAUCAUGAGCGUUGCGGUCAUGUGAUGUCAUAACAAGAUAUGAUCUAAGUACAACCUUGUGUAUCAUCAUGAUAAGAUACGACCUUGUGCAUAAUUAUGAAAAGAUACAACUUUGUGCAACAAAAUGACAAGAUACGACCUUGUGUAUCAUCAUGACAAGACACAACCGUGUGCAUAAUUAUGAAAAGAUACAACCUUGUGUAUCAUCAUGACAAGAUACGACCUUGUGUAUCAUCAUGACAAGACACAACCGUGUGCAUAAUUAUGAAAAGAUACAACCUUGUGUAUCAUCAUGACAAGAUACGACCUUGUGUAUCAUCAUGACAAGACACAACCGUGUGCAUAAUUAUGAAAAGAUAUGACCUUGUGUAACAAAAUGACAAGAUAUUACCUUGUGUAUCAUCAUGACAAGAUAAACCUUGUGUAUAAUUACGACAAGAUACAACCUUGUGUAUCAUCAUGACAAGAUACGAUCUUGCGCAUCAUGACAAGAUACGACUUUGCGCAUGAUGAGAAGAUAUGACCUUGUGCAUAAUCAUGGCAAGGUUUGACCUUGUGUAUCAUCAUGACAAGAUCUGACCUUGUGUAUCAUCAUGACAAGAUACGACCUCGUGUAUCAUCAUGAUAAGAUACAAACUUGUGCAUCAUCAUGGCAAGGUUUGACUUUGUGCAUAAUCAUGCUAAAAUAUGACCUUGAGCACCAUCAUUACAUCAAAGCAAUGAUCUAAAACAUACUAUGAAUAUCUUCACUUUACAAAAUGUAUUAGCUUGUGGAAAAAUCUGUUCGUUUACUUUCAACCAUUCUUUACUGGAGUUGCACGACUUUUGACAGUGGUGUCGACAAGAACUGAAAAAUCAAAAAUCAACAUCAUCAUCGUCUCAUGUGUGCUCCAAGUUAACUGCUGGAUUACGAAGGUGUGCCACUGGAUACUCACUUCAACAGGAAACGUGAAUACCUCAACGAUAUUAUUUCUUGCAGUUAUGGUAAUUGUACGCUCUCAAUCACUUAUUAAGAAGACAACUCUUUGUGUUUUUGUCAACCCUUUACUUUUAUCACGCAUAGAGAGGUGUAUAACUUUUUUGUACUAAACCUAUGAAGAAGAAGAAGAAAAAAAAUAGUAAAAACAUGAUUAACUGCUAAUUAUGCAAAAUAAAAACCAACUGUUUUAGCUUGUGGUUAAUGCAUCAGCUAUGAUACAAGUGUAAUAUUUCACAUUAUUAAAGUAAAUUCUCUUACCAGGGGACUGAUAAAUUGGAAAUUUAAAAUCAUAAAGUAAUAGGUCAUGACAUGGCAAGUUAAAGUGGUCCCAUUGCUCGAGUAAAACAAUUUGGUUUGUUCGGAAUUGAUGGCUUCGGCAAGGGGCUACAGCUGGAAUGCUGGAAAGGCCUAUACACUCAACAACAUAGUCAUUGAGGUCAAAGGUCACACCAUAGCCAUAGUUAAAGUCGCUUGAUUUAGAAACAGUCUUCAUCUACCCUAACAUCAGUCAGGGCACCAGUUAUGUAUUACUUCUCUGAUAGUUUAGUUGCACUUGAAAGGAUACCAGUCUAACUGACCAUUGCAGUCAUUUAGAAAUGGUCUUCAUCUACCCUAACAUCAGUCAGGGCACCAGUUAUGUAAUACUUCCCUAAUAAAUCACUGCAUUUGAGAGGACACCAGUCAAAGGUUAUAGCCAUAGCCGGAAGUUGCUUGAUUCAGAAACAGUCUUAACCAAUCCUCAUAUCAGUCAGAGCACCAGUUAUGUAAUACUUCCCUGAUAGUUAUCAAGGUUUUUGUUUGUUUCACGAAGGCUUUGUCUAAUUUGCAGAGCUAUUUGUUGUACAAAACUAUUUGGUAUGUUGGCUGGGAGAGACUGGUGCCUUUAAAAUGUUAAGAUGCAUCAAGGAAUUAUUGACUUGCAUUAUGGAAUUUAGCGACAUACUGGCGACAAAGGGAGGGUAUUUUCAUCGGUUUUAAGCAGAAGCACACAAAAUGCUUGGCAUCUUUCAUCAGUGACCAACCUAUCCCUCUAUCUAAUUGAUAUUUAAAAUGCUUAUGCUAGCUUACGAAAUACUUCAUUUUAAAAUAGACUUGAAGCAGUGUGGACCACUUGCCAAGAUUUUACUUAAUUUGAGUUUAUCAAAUGUUAAUUAUCAAAACUAAUAAUAAUCGGAUAAAAGCUGUACAAAUUUGAAGUUGAUACUGGUUUAGGCUAAUGUUUUUUGUUAAUGGAGGCUUAUGUAUUCAUUUUGAAGUGUGUUUUUAAAAACAAACGCUACGGCAUUAGACUUCACAUACAUGUACUUGUUCGGCCUUGCACUCACUCACUCAGUUCUGAACCUGACUCAAAGGUACAAAUAUUAACACCAUAAAGUUUGAUUAAAAUUGGAGGUUGAUAUGGGGUUUUCUCAGAGAAAAAAAAGUAGAUUUUUUUUUGUAUGUGUGUAUUUUUUCGUGAUGGUGGAAAUGUGUUAAAUGGUUACAUGGAAAAAUCCCAAGAGUGGAAGAGGGUUUUUCAGAGAUUGGUUGAAUGUUCACGUUUCAUGGGAUAUGUGCAAGUCAAGUCUGUUUUACAUGAUGUAUUGGGUUAAAAAAAAAAAAAUAUUGAAUGCAUUUGAAGGAGCGAGCUGUUGCUGUUUUUUGUUGUUUUUAUAAGUAAAGUGAGCAUUUGGUGCUCAAUACUAUGUCGCAUGGUGUAACCCCCCCCCCCCCCUAUUGUGUCUGCACUGUGUUGUGGGCAUGGGCAUCUUAAGAACCCUUCUGAGGAUUUUAGGGAGGGGGGGGGGGGCGUCAUCUAGGCAAGAGGAAAAAGAGUGUUACAGUAAAGGAACAUUGUGGGGGGGGGGUUGACACUAUCUGCCACAUAUUAUGCAUGGUAUAAGAAUAGAGAAAAAAAUCAAUGUGCAAACAACAUGAUCAUUAUUUUAUUGAGUUCUUGAGGAUUUGAUUGUACAUUGGAAAAUGUAUUUCUUUUUUAAAUUGUUGUUGGUAAAUCUUGCUACAAAGACACACUUAUCUCAUUGGUGAAGACGGCUUUACCGAUCAAGGGCGACCUGCGUGCUUCAUUUUUACCCCACACCUUUUUCCUUCGAACUAAGCAGAGACAACAUUAUUGUCUCAGUGCUAUAAUUAUGAAUUGCGUAUUCAUAAUAUCCUCAUGUUGUUUAUACAAAAUUUGUAUAAAUGGAAAAAAAUCUGCAAAUAAUGGUUUUACUUGGGAAAAUUAUUGUCUCCUUUUUGCCGCACAAUUACUUUGGAGACCACUCUUGAUCAAUGAACUCCAUCGUCAAGGAGCUCCAAAAUAUGCAAAACAAGUAUUGCACAAACAUGGUCCUGGACGGCGAUAUUUUCUUCAUAUCAAAUUAUGAGCUUACCGGGGUUGCAAGAUCUAAGUUUAUUUAUUUGGGGUUGAAUAAAGACAAGAGUGGGACUCGGAACUACUCGGAUUAAUGUGCCGGCGCUCUACCAACUGAGCUAUCUAGCCCUAUGUUGGCGGUGUCCCUUUUUUGUCAAUAUCUUUGUUCGGGGGUGCGGAACACUAAGACAGGAUGCAGAAAAUGAACCAAACGUCAUAUCAAGGGAGUGUAGUCAAGAUGCAAGACCGUAGUGGGUGUUUAACUUUAACAGAUUUCAAUUGAGGUUAUCAGUUUGAAAAAUUUGUCAACACUUAAUCAUCCCAUGACCAUAUUGUGGUAGCUCUUUUUGCAAUCAAAGAUUAGGCUCUAUUCUUGAACAAGUUGUGUACAAUUUAACCAGAGGGCAUGUUGAACAUGAUAAAACAAAUUGCAAUCUUUUUUAUUUUAAUAAUAUCUUAUAAUUAAAAUGCAAUCCAGCACUUCUUGCUUUUAGUUGUCUAAAAAAAAAA